AUGGAGUACAGAGAGCGCAACAAUCACGACAGCGUCGUUUCGACGUCGACCUACGCCUCCACGGCGUAUGAUCCGGCGGCAUACACGGCGAUCAAGGAUCAAGAAUUGAAGGAACAUGAGCAACGGGGCAUCUCGGAUCCCAUGCUGAUCGACGAGUCUGCUACCAUUCAACCAUGGAAGGCCUCGAAGCACCAGAUGAUCAUCAUCGUCACCCUGUCUAUCAUGUCCUUUGUCAUUGCCUUGGACGCUAACGUUAUCGUCACGUCUCUGAGUGCCAUCAUUCAAGAUAUCGGAGGCUCAUCAACACAAGCCUUCUGGGUGGGAACUUCCUACCUAAUUUCCUGUGCAGUAGCCAUGCCAUUCCUGGCAUCUCUCAGCGAUAUCUUCGGCCGACCCAUCAUCCUCAUCGGGAGUCUGAUUUUUUUCACCGUCGGCACAAUUCUUUGCUGCGUCGCGGGCGAUAUCACGCUACUUCUGGUUGGACGUGUCAUCCAGGGUAUCGGUGCUGGUGGUAUGUACGUUCUUAGCUUGGUCGUCUUCACCGACAUCGUGCCUCUGCGCCAUCGACCCAAGCUGUACGGUAUCAUUCAAAUGGCCUGGGCAAUUGGCUCUCUCGUCGGCCCCAUUCUUGGCGGUGCCAUCGCCGAGCACACUACCUGGAGGUGGAUCUUCUACAUCAACUUCCCCAUCUGCGGCUACUCACUGCUCGCCGUCCCCGUCCUCUUGACCCUCAAGCCACCCACGGCCACCUUUGGCGAGAAGCUCAAGCGCGUUGACUGGCUUGGUGGUUUUCUCUUCAUUGGCUCUAUGGUUACCUUCCUCAUCGGAAUCUCAUGGGGAGGCAAUGACUUCCCAUGGAGGAGCGCCCAGACGCUUGUGCCCGUCUUCAUUGGCGCUGCAGGUCUGGCAGUCGCCUUGUUCUACGAGCACAGAUUUGCCAAGGUGCCAUUUUUGAAGAAGGUCCUCUUCGCGGAUGUCAGCGCUAUCACGGUCUACAUCCUCGGCGCCCUGCAAGGCUUCAUUCUUUACGGUCAACUCUACUACGUCCCUUUCUACUUCCUCUCGGUCUCGCAGUACAGCCCGACAAUGGCUGGUGUUGCAAUGCUGCCGGUCACCCUCCUGCUUCUGCCGGGCUCCAUCAUCUCCGGCAUUCUUGUCUCUCGCUUCAACGCUUACCGCUGGUCCAUCUGGAUCGGCUGGGCUCUGCUCGCCCUCGCCUCUGGUCUCCUCAUUUACUGGGACGUUGACACUCCCGUUGCCGUGCAUGUGAUCACCCUCGUUAUCGGCGGUAUUGGCCACGGCUUCAUCCUCAACGCACAGACAUUCGUUACGGGCGCUAUUGUCGACCCUCAAAACUCGGGCCAUGCCGCGAGCAUGUACCUGUUCCUCCGCAUGCUCGGCUGCGCUAUCGGCGUCAACGUGGGCUCGACCACGUUCCAGAACGUCAUGGCGCUUAAGCUCGAGCGCAAGGGUAUCGCCCAGGACAUUGCCCAGCGUGCUGAAGAGUACCUCCUCGUCAUCAAGACUCUGCCCGACGGCACGUUCAAGGAUGCGAUCCUGGAGUCGUACGCUUUCGGCUUCAAGGGUGUACAUGGCGUCUAUGUCUCCUUGGCCGUCAUCGCAUUCUUCCUGAGCUUCCUGAUUCGUCAUUACGACCUCAACAGGCUUCACGAGACUCAGCACACACUGGAAGAGAACCGUGUAUCAAGGAUGUUUGACAGUCGUCAGGCGCUACGCGGCGAGCAGAUCCCUAGCGAUGAGACUUAG